GCCGGACGCAUUAUUAACAAUGCUGAAGCAGGUGGCAGAAAAAGUGGAAAACAGUAGGGUGUUAGGAAAGAGGAAAAGGGUUCGGGAAACUGCAAUUUCCACGGUGAGCCCCCGUCAUAAAAAACUACCAGGUGUCAAUCCUGCCGCCGGAUCCUAUUACAUGGAGCGGUUUCACCAAGGGGACAUUUUUAGAAGAGUGGAAAGUGGAAUGGAGGCAUGCAUGAUGUCGGUCUAUGCAUCAUUCUCCCUCGCAUGGCAACAUGUCAGUGUUGCGAUAGGGCGGGAACCCGUGCAACAUGCGACAAACUGCACAGCCCCUGAUAAGAGACUUCCACCUUAG